AGGAGCCGGAGGAGAGGAAGAUGGCGGCGGCCGCCAGCACCCGCGGUGCCGCGGGGCCGCUCCGAGGAGCCUGAGAAACCCACAGAGGCUUCGCGGGAAGACGCGGCGGCGGAGGAUGAGCCUGCAGAGCGCGCAGUAUCUCCGAAUGUCUUAAACCAUUCUACCUUAUGAGAAAUUGGAUGUUCUUGCAGAUAGUCAUUGUGGGAGAAAACGUUUCAUUUAAGUCCCAGAUGAGGACCGGAAACUUGAAAUCAGAGGAGCAUCUGAAAUCAAGUAAUAUUAGGCAGGCAGAAGUCCUGAAGGCUGACAUGACAGAUUCUAAGCUGGGUCCAGCUGAGGUCUGGACGUCCAGGCAGGCUCUGCAGGACCUGUACCAGAAAAUGCUAGUUACUGAUUUGGAAUACGCUUUAGACAAGAAAGUAGAACAGGAUCUCUGGAAUCAUGCCUUUAAGAAUCAGAUCACAACACUACAAGGCCAGGCAAAGAAUCGAGCAAACCCGAAUCGGAGUGAAGUUCAGGCAAAUCUUUCUCUGUUCCUAGAGGCAGCUAGUGGCUUCUACACUCAGUUAUUACAAGAACUGUGUACAGUGUUUAAUGUAGAUUUACCAUGCCGUGUGAAGUCUUCCCAGUUGGGAAUUAUCAGCAAUAAACAGACGCAUACCAGCGCCAUAGUGAAGCCGCAGUCUAGCUCCUGUUCCUAUAUCUGCCAGCACUGCCUCGUCCACCUUGGAGACAUUGCUCGAUACAGAAAUCAGACCAGCCAGGCAGAGUCCUACUAUAGGCAUGCAGCUCAGCUUGUCCCCUCUAAUGGUCAGCCUUACAACCAGUUGGCUAUCUUAGCUUCUUCCAAAGGGGACCACCUGACCACAAUUUUCUACUACUGCAGAAGCAUUGCUGUGAAGUUCCCUUUCCCAGCUGCCUCCACUAAUCUACAAAAAGCACUUUCUAAAGCACUGGAAAGCCGGGAUGAGGUGAAAACCAAAUGGAGUGUUUCUGACUUCAUCAAGGCCUUUAUUAAAUUCCACGGUCAUGUGUACCUGAGUAAGAGCUUGGAAAAGUUGAGCCCUCUUCGAGAGAAAUUGGAAGAACAGUUUAAGAGGCUGCUAUUCCAAAAAGCUUUCAACUCUCAGCAGUUAGUUCAUGUCACUGUCAUUAACCUGUUUCAACUUCAUCACCUUCGUGACUUUAGCAAUGAGACGGAACAGCAUAGUUACAGCCAAGAUGAACAGCUGUGUUGGACACAGUUGCUGGCCCUCUUUAUGUCUUUUCUUGGCAUCCUGUGCAAGUGUCCUCUCCAGAACAAGUCUCAGGAAGAGUCCUACAAUGCCUAUCCCCUUCCUGCAGUCAAGGUCUCCAUGGACUGGCUGAGACUCAGACCCAGAGUCUUUCAGGAGGCAGUGGUGGAUGAAAGACAGUACAUUUGGCCCUGGCUAAUUUCUCUUCUAAAUAGUUUUCAUCCCCAUGAAGAGGAUCUUUCAAGUACUAAUGUUACACCACUUCCAGAGGAGUUUGAGUUACAAGGAUUCUUGGCUUUGAGACCUUCUUUCAGGAACUUGGAUUUUUCCAAAGGCCACCAGGGUAUUACAGGAGACAAAGAGGGUCAGCAACGACAAAUACGACAGCAGCGCUUGAUCUCUAUAGGCAAGUGGAUCGCCGAUAAUCAGCCAAGGCUGAUUCAGUGUGAAAAUGAGGUAGGGAAAUUGUUGUUUAUCACAGAAAUCCCAGAGUUAAUACUGGAAGAUCCCGGUGAAGCCAAAGAGAACCUCAUUCUGCAAGAAACAUCCGUGAUAGAGUCACUGGCUGCGGAUGGGAACCCAGGGCUGAAGUCAGUGCUGUCUACAGGCCGAAGUCUAAGCAACAGCUGUGACACAGGAGAGAAACCAGUGGUCACCUUCAAAGAGAACAUUAAGCCACGAGAAGUGAACAGAGACCAAGGAAGAAGUUUUCCUCCCAAAGAGGUGAGAAGGGACUGUAGCAAAGGAGUAACUGUAACUAAGAAUGAUGGCAAGAAGGACAACACCAAGAGGAAAACAGACACCAAGAAAUGCACCUUAGAAAAGUUACAGGAAACAGGAAAGCAGAAUGUGGCAGUGCAGGUGAAAUCCCAGACAGAACUAAGAAAGACCCCCGUUUCUGAAGCCAGGAAAACACCUGUAACUCAAACCCCAAGUCAAGCAAGUAACUCCCAGUUCAUCCCCAUUCAUCACCCUGGAGCCUUCCCUCCUCUUCCCAGCCGGCCAGGGUUCCCGCCCCCAACAUAUGUUAUCCCCCCUCCUGUGGCAUUUUCUAUGGGCUCAGGUUACACCUUCCCAGCUGGUGUUUCUGUCCCAGGAACCUUUCUUCAGCCUACAGCUCACUCUCCAGCAGGAAACCAGGUGCAAGCUGGGAAACAGUCCCACAUUCCUUACAGCCAGCAACGGCCCUCUGGACCAGGGCCAAUGAACCAGGGACCUCAACCACCACAGCCACCUUCCCAGCAACCCCUUACAUCUUUACCAGCUCAGCCAACAGCACAGUCUACAAGCCAGUUGCAGGUUCAAGCCCUAGCUCAGCAACAGCAAUCCCCUACAAAAGCCGUGCCAGCUUUGGGGAAAAGCCCUCCUCACCACUCUGGAUUCCAGCAGUAUCAACAGGCAGAUGCCUCCAAACAGCUGUGGAAUCCCCCUCAGGUUCAAGGCCCAUUAGGGAAAAUCAUGCCUGUGAAACAGCCCUACUACCUUCAGACCCAAGACCCCAUAAAACUGUUUGAGCCGUCAUUGCAACCUCCUGUAAUGCAGCAGCAGCCUCUAGAGAAAAAAAUGAAGCCUUUUCCCAUGGAGCCAUAUAACCAUAAUCCCUCAGAAGUCAAGGUCCCAGAAUUCUACUGGGAUUCUUCCUACAGCAUGGCUGAUAACAGAGCUGUAAUGGCACAGCAAGCAAAUAUGGACCGCAGGGGCAAACGAUCACCAGGAGUCUUCCGUCCAGAGCAGGAUCCUGUGCCCAGGAUGCCAUUUGAGGACCCCAAGGGCUCCCCUCUGCUUCCUCCGGACCUGUUAAAGAGUCUGGCUGCCUUGGAGGAAGAGGAAGAGCUGAUUUUUUCUAACCCUCCUGAUCUUUACCCAGCUCUGCUGGGGCCUCUCGCCUCUCUUCCUGGACGAAGCCUCUUUAAAUCCUUAUUGGAGAAGCCCUCGGAGCUCAUGUCACAUUCAUCUUCUUUCCUGUCCCUCACCGGAUUCUCUCUCAAUCAGGAAAGAUACCCAAAUAACAGUGUGUUCAAUGAGGUAUAUGGGAAAAACCUGACAACCAGCUCCAAAGCAGAACUUAAUCCCUCGAUGGCCCCCCAGGAAACAUCACUGUACUCUCUUUUUGAAGGGACUCCGUGGUCUCCAUCACUUCCUGCCAGUUCAGAUCAUUCAACACCAGCCAGCCAAUCUCCUCAUUCCUCUAACCCGAGCAGCCUGCCAAGCUCCCCUCCAACACACAACCAUAAUUCUGUUCCAUUCUCCAAUUUUGGACCCAUCGGGACUCCAGAUAACAGAGAUAGGAGAACUGCAGAUCGGUGGAAAACUGACAAGCCAGCCAUGGGUGGAUUUGGCAUUGAUUAUCUCUCAGCAACGUCAUCCUCUGAGAGCAGUUGGCAUCAGGCCAGCACUCCAAGUGGCACCUGGACAAGCCAUGGCCCCUCCAUGGAGGAUUCCUCUGCUGUCCUCAUGGAAAGCCUAAAGUCUAUCUGGUCCAGUUCCAUGAUGCAUCCUGGACCUUCCGCUCUGGAGCAGCUGUUAAUGCAGCAGAAGCAGAAACAGCAGCGGGGACAAGGCACCAUGAACCCUCCACACUGAGGCCAAAGUGGCAACCCCGGGAAUGAAGGCUCCAUAAACCAUGGCAUGUUGGGUUUGCAGGACUGGCCCACACAGUCCCCUGCGGGUGGCAGCCCUCUUUUCUGCUUCUUGCUGUCGAGAGGGUGUAAGUGUUCCACCAGCCCGCUGAGUGUGCACGAAAUGUCCGCAGUGCAACAAAAAGAAAAAACCGUCAGGAACUCUCCGUCCCCCCGGGGCCUUCCGGAGGGAGAGGGGAACUGCUGUUUGUCUCACUCAGUUACCUGAUAUCACCGCCUCUCACCUUCUCCAUCGUGCAUGUCCCCAGCCACGUGGGAAGUGAAAGCUGAGAAGGGAAGGCAGAUGGGAGAAGCCAAUGGGAACUUCUCAGUCCUUUUUUCCUCUUUGGGGAAUAAAAUAGGAAUCCAUUAAUGAUUGCUUUGCUGACUGAGAAUGUAGUUGAAAUUAUUCCUAAACAUCUUUUAUUAUUGUUAUUACUCUCAGAAGUAAAAUAUCACACUGAAUUCUUCCACAGACAGAUGUGCUGCUUCUAGGCAGUGUGUAGCCAGGAGAGCCCCGUUCACUGCUCCUGGGAGAGGUUGGUGGUGACAGGAUGGGGAAACUGACCUCUUCAGCCCGUGGGAGUGUUCCAGAAGGGAGAGUGCAAGGCCUCAACUUUCACACAGAAGGUUCUGGUAGGCCCUCCUCUGGCCUGGAGACUCCAGCAGGAAAUGCCCUUCAUCUGUAGGUGCUCGAGCCCCAAUCGAGGAUGCAGUGUGGGUGGUGGUGCUGGGCUGGACUAGCAGAUGACUGCUGUAGGAUUUUAAAUUAACGUUUUUGAUUCCUGUACAUUUUACGGUAGCAUAGCAAGCAGUCUCACAGAAGGCAGGCCAGUCCAUUCAUGGCCUGACGUAUUUUAAUAGGUAGAAGCUUUCAGUGUGGUCAUUUUUUGUUUGGUUGGUUUUUGUGCCCCCAUCCCACUUACCACCCACCUCCUCCUGUCCCUACCUCCACCCCUCUUCUACCCUAUGCUGUAUGCUAGUAAUUGUUUUUAUUCCUAAUAUGUGUAACAUCUCGCCAAGAAGCAACAGCAUGGGGGCCAGCAGUUGAGGCCCAAAAGACAGUCUGAAGAGGAAGGAAGCAGCGACGUCCACAUAGCCCACAAAGGGGCCCGGCCCCUGCCCGGCCGCAGUCUCCCAGCCUCCACUUUCAGAGUGAAAUUCAAGGCAACACGGACACGUGUGCAUCACGCGCAGAAGAAAACACAGCGAAGUCCAUUCUGGAAAAGGCGAAGGAAAGGAAAAUAAACUUUUAUUUGAUAUUUAUUAGAAGGAAAGAGGACUGAAAAUUUUCUUGUGUAGAAACAGAAGGACAGCAUUUCUGUUAGUCAUUUCCUGGAAAAGUAAUAUUUUAAGGGGAAAUUAUGGAAACAAUCUAAAUGUCCAAUUGCUGUGCUAGUGAUAGGGUUUAUUUUCUGGGAGGUCUCUCCUUUGUGUGUAUGUGUGAGUGUUUGUGUGCGCACACACGCCCAUCUGCUCUCCCGGAGGGGAGGGGUGAUGUGUUUGAGUGUUUGGCGUUAGUGUGGGACUUAGAAGCUGGAAAACAGCUGCAGAGCAAAGCACAUCCAGGAGCCCCGGUUGUCACUGGAGUCUGGGCAACCCCAGCAAUGAAAAGGGGUGAGAUUAAUGCUCAUUGCUCUUCAGAGAGAGUGGUUGGAGCCCUGUAUUACAUUAUUGCUUUUAGUUUGACAUGGUGUUUGGGUUUUUUUGUUUUUGUCUUGUUUUUUUGAAAGGUCUGAAAGGGUGAUGCCCCGAACUCAAUGGCAAUAUGAAACCCUUCGUGCUUCUCUCCAGCCCCUUCCCUGUGUCCACCUUUCUCCCAUUCCCUCCCUGCCAAGCCUCCUUCCCUACCACCUUUCCCCUCUUUGUGUGUUUGAGCUCUGCAUUCAGGCAGCUGCAACAUUCCAGUGUUUGAACUGUCACUGAUUCUUGCACCCUAGACGAGCUAACCAGGUUCACCAUCUCACUCCCAGUAGUACCCAGGUCCCAUCUACAGCCCCAUUUCUGCAUGAGAAUUUGGUGUUUGGAAUGUUUUCUGACUCUUGGGACAGGGUUCCUCGCCUUAGCAUCCUCAGUGUUGAGUAAUGAAGGGGGAGAGGAGAAUCUUCAUCAGAAACUGGUUUUGUGUAGUAGCCUUUCUUUUGUGUUUUCUUUCGUUUUGUUUUGUUUUGUUUUGGUCUGUCUGUGCAAGACCUGCAGCUGCUGAAAUCAGCUUUGCCUUUAAUUAAACCAUGUUCUCUCCAACCAGA